AUGCGCCUUCCUUCCGUUACCUCGCUCCUCUGCCUUGCUGGCUUGGUCUCUGUACCAGUGGCCGCCUAUGAUGACUCGAAUAUCAAAAGCAUUCCUCCCUACCUCGAUUCGGAUUUCCAAAGCCGCUGGUUCGACUUCGGAGGAGAUACAGUGAUCCGCGCUGACAAAUAUAUCCGCCUGACGGCCGACCGACCAUCGCAGCAAGGAUGGAUUGCCUCUCGCGUGCCUCUGACUGCGACCAAUUGGCAGAUCGAGCUCGAGUUUGAAAUCCAUGGCUCCGGGAACUUGCAUGGUGAUGGGUUUGCGCUUUGGCUUACCAAAGAGCGUGCGACUCAGGGCCCUGUUUUCGGUUCGACGGACAAAUUCGAGGGUCUUGGUAUCUUCUUCGACACCUAUAAGAACAACCGUCCCGGCGUGUCGUUCCCCUACGUCAUGGCCAUGAUGGGUGACGGACAGACUACCUACGACCAAGCGCACGACGGCAAGGCCAAUGAGCUGGCUGGUUGCUCUGCCCGUGGUCUCCGAAGUGCCCCUGUACCGACUAAAGCCCGCCUUACUUACUUCCAGGACAAGUCCCUGUCUCUGGAGUUGCAGUACAAGACCGAAGACACCUGGACCGAAUGCUUUACCCUCAACGCUGAGGAUUCCAACAUUGCCAUUCCUUCCGUAGCUUACUUGGGUCUCUCUGCCGAGACCGGUGAGCUGAGCGACAACCACGACAUCAUCUCCCUCAAGGCAGAGAACCUCUACUCCCUGAACCGCGGCAACAACAACGGCGGCAAGGGCUCCUCCGACGGCCGCUCCAAGGGCCGCCCUACUUCUCCCAGACCUGCCAAGGAAAGCGGCAGCUGGACCUGGUUCCUGUUCAAGACUAUCCUGUUCAUCGGUGCCAUCGUCGGUGCCUACUUUGGUUAUACCGUCUACCGGACUAAAGCCCGGUCAUCGCGUUUCUAA